UUGCUGUAACUGACAACGUAUUAUUGUUGUUAUUAUUUUCCAUGCCUUAUCAUAGUCGUCGUUAUAUUUGCGUGAGCUGCAAAAUUUAUCGGAAAAAGCGACAGCACAACGAUUGCUGUGCGAGCGGGGGUGCUCUCGGUAAUUAGAUUGUCCGGCCAGAAAGGUAAAACGCAUAGGAGUUGCAAGGAUUGUGCAAUCGGGCUGACAGCGGUAGUGGUGUUCCGUUGCCGGAGCACGGAAGUUGGUACUCUGGUGUCAUCACCGCGUUGCAGAUUGCGUAGUGGAACACGCCCAAACAACAACCAAAACAAAAGCAAUAUGUCUGCAGAGUCCGCUGUCUACGAGGCGCUUCAGUACGCCUGCAGCCAGGAUGCUCAGAUGCUGAAACCGGCCGAACAGAAGCUGGCCGAGUGGGAAGUACAGCCCGGCUUUCAUCUCACGCUGGUUAACAUAUUCUCCAACCAAUCCCUCGACGCCGGUGUACGAUGGAUGGCUUCGCUGUACUUUAAAAACGGCGUACUAAAGUAUUGGCGAAAUAAUGCUCCAAACGGAAUAUCUCGUGAGGAGAAACAGGAAAUAAAAAGAUUGCUGCUAAUGAAAUUCAACGAACCUGUACAGCAGAUCGCAGUUCAAAUAGCGGUCCUAAUAGCGAACAUCUGCCGAUACGAUGGACCACAGGAAUGGAAAGAGCUCAUACCGACGGUGAUAAAAGCAGUCCAGAGUGAGGAGAUGGUCGAACAGCAUCGGGGCUUGCUGGUGUUGCUACACAUUAUCAAGGUGCUGUGCUCGAAGCGUAUUCCGCGCGAUCGUCAGCAAUUUCAAAACAUUGCCGUCACAUGGUACGACUUUGUGCUGAAUCUCUGGGAAGGCUUUACGCAGCUGUUCUUUACCAACAUCUGCGAGCAGAAUUGUGCCAUCGAGGUGUGUGCGGCCAAUCUAGAGAAGGCCAUCUUCUCGCUACGCAUACUGAAAAAGCUCACGAUCUACGGUAUAGUUGAUCCGCUCAAGUCGGAAGGCUGUAUGAUGCUGAUACGGGUCAUGUUCCAACGGUUGAAGGAUCUGCUCGAGUGUCGCAUGCGCGUGAAACGUAUGCUGCGCGAAGCGGAAAGCAAUGCAACGUCCGGCACAAUGAACAAUGAAGCAAUAGAGAUUAUGCGCAAGCUUACGGCCAAUCUGGACAAGUUUAUCGUUAAGCACAUGAAGUUCCUGAACCUUUUCUACGAGACGCACCCGGACGUGUUUUCACCCUUCGUACCGAUAUCGUUUGAGUUUUGCUUUAACUACGUGUUCCACGAGGGCACGAAUCUGAUCUUCGAGGACAAUGUAAUCACAUUUCCCAACUUUGCCAUUCAGUGCCUCUGCUUGCUGAAGGGAAUACUGUCACCGAAUGCAACCAAGCUAGAUUUGCUACCGCGCGCAUCGAAUCAUCUUGCCGGCGAAGCAAAAGAGCGUGUAAACAGUGCCAAGGUGGACUUUUUUACGCGCGAACGUUUAAGCUACAUAUUCGAGAAGCUCAUAAUGCACUACUUCCUCCUAACGCCGGAUGAAUUUGAGCAAUGGGAUACGGACCCGGAAGCGUACACAUCCGAUGAGGGUGGCGAUUCCUGGAAAUAUAAUCUGCGUUCGUCUGCCGAAGCGUUCUACAUGAUCCUCUUCCAAAAGUUCAGUGUAACGAUGAUCGAGGAGCUGCGCAAAUACAUACUGAAGUCUCAAUCGAUAACUCUCACAGAAAACACCGAUAUGAACGAUUUGCUGAUAAAGGAUUCGAUCUAUAAUGCAACCGGACUGGCGGCAUUCAUUCUGUUUGAUGAGGUUAACUUUGACGAAUGGUUCACUCGGCAGUUGCUCGAAGAACUGAAGUUUAAAUCCCACAACUUCCGGAUCAUCCGCAAGCGCAUCAUCUGGCUUGUCGGGCAAUGGACCUGCGUUAGGUUCUCCAAAGCGUUACGCCCUCAAGUGUACCAGGCCUGUUUAGAGCUGCUACAACCUUCGGAGGAUUUGGCCGUUCGUUUGACUGCUUCCAAAAGCUUACGCAGCAUCAUGGAUGACUUUGAGUUUGUGGCCGAGCAGUUUGUGGAGUUUCUCGAACCAACGAUCGCGCUGCUGUUCGGGCUGCUAAAGGAAGCGGUCGAGUGCGAAACGAAAAUGACCAUACUGUACGUAAUGUCGUUCAUCAUCGAAAAGAUGUCCAUGUCCAUACGGAUCGAUGUGCAGAGCCUGGUGCAGUAUUUACCGCUACUGUGGGAAGAAAGCCGCGAACAUAAUAUGCUUCGCUGUGCAAUUAUUUCCACCUUGUUGCAAAUAAUAAAAGCCUUGUACGAAAUACCCUCAUCGGAACCGAUCGUUGCAUUUAUCUAUCAGAUCAUAGAGAUGAGUACGAAUGUGAACGAUCCGUCGCACGUGUAUCUGCUGGAGGAAGGACUGGAACUGUGGGUUGUGGUUGUGCAUUACAGUCGCACGAUGAACCAGGAGUUGCUUAAUCUAUGUGAAAAUAUAGUACCUCUAAUACAGCAAUCAUCUAGCAAUAUGAACAUAUGUUUGGCAAUAGUGCAGGCGUACGUGUUUCUCGGGGCAGAAGUAUUUCUUCCACGGUACGGUCAGGAAAUUGUCAAGACGUGCCAAUACUUGUUGACGGAUUUACGCGUGGACGGUGUUGUGUUGAUAAAUCGCUUCUUCCUCACGCUGCUACAAACGGUACCAAAGUUUGCCAUCGAUUUGCUCCGACCAUAUCUGGUGGAAGUGUUUCGAUCGUACUACCAGCAUACGAAUUUCCCGCAAGUGUUGCAGAUGUACCUGCAGAUCAUGUCGCGCGUGUUGGUCAACGAUCAGGUAACGUUCAGUGUCGUACUUUCCGAAACGGGGGCACAAGAUGCGCUGGAAAAAAUAUUAACCGCCUGGCUGGAAGAUAUGCGGCGGGUAACGGCACUGGAGGAACGCAAGCUGCUAGCGUUGGCCUUGAGCAGCUUGCUGACUGUUUCCAACGAUGUGAUUUUUAAGAACUUUACCGGCAUCAUUACCAACGUUACCGAGGUGUUGAACGAUGUAAUGGACGUGUGCUCUCAGGAUACGUUAGUGGACUCGCUAGUCAUCGAUGAUGAAAAUAAGGACAAUAUAGGCGUGACACUGUUCGGGUAUGGAUUUAUCGAUUCCGAUAUGGUACAAGAGGAAACGCCCCAUUUUAGCCGCUGUCGAGCGUUUUGCUUGCACGAUCCAACGCAUGUGAUUGUGUUGAAAGACUAUCUACAGAAUCAGCUUGUAGUACUGAAAAACACAAUCGGCGAUGAACGAUACCAAUCGCUGAUGACAUCCGUCGAUCCGCAAACACUGCAGGAGUUGAAAAACUUUAUCGUGCUCGGGAUCGAACUAACGGCCGGGAUUGAUGAUGGUGCAUAGCGUGAAUCGGAACAAAUGGCCACCCGCUAUGCUUGGCGUUGUACGCUACGAUCAUGAUAUGCAUCGUAUAUAUAUUUUUUUGUGCAGCUAGAAUGAAAUUCCCUCGUGUACACAAUCACCUACACACGCGUGCAUGUCCCCUUGUAUUGCUGCUGUCACCCCCCCCCCCUUUAUUCGUUUUCCGUAUGCCCGAGUAUACAGUUCUCGCUUCCGUGGUACGGCGUGGUGGCGAUCGUCUGUGCACUUCGUAAUUCUCUGGGAUUUUUGACUAAUUUAUAUUUGAACUGCUUAUGACACAAAAACACACAUCGAUAUUAUUAUUAGCUUCAUCUUCCUGGACUGUUUGUGUUAAAUAUUGAAUUAUUUAAUAAAUUGCACGUCCCAAUUACCGAUGGUAACUGCAUGCGAUUAGCGUAUCUUCCGGUCGCUGUGGCAUUUAAACCGUGCUAUAAUGUUUAAAUGUUUCUACAGCUACAGAGGAAAACAAAACACAAGAAAAAGGAAAUGUUACCGAUCCGUUACGUAGAGAAAAGCAAACGAUAUCACAAACUGUUGAUUCAUUUUCGAUGUAAUUAUAAUGUUAUAAUGUACGUGCGUCAUUUAUUUGAAUUUCGUAUAAUUAUCCUGCAACAACCGUUUUGCCAGCUUGCGGAAAAAAUCACACUUUUUACACUGUAAUAUUUUUAUCAUGUACUGAAUUUAUGCUUCCGGAAAAAUAUAACUGAAAAAACAGAUAAAUAAAAGUGAAGCACGUGCGUGGUUACGCGUUUCGUGCAAAAGAGACUUCUAAUGUAA